GGCGGAGCUAGUUUCCCUUCCAGCUGACUCAAGGCUUCGCUGCACAGGGAUCGAGAGGGAAGAUCUCCCGACUCCAGAGUUGAAAUGACGCAGUGCGGUCUCCUGACUGGCUCCAACAAGCCAGUGCCCUUGCGCAGCGUCUCGGUGACGGUGCUGAUCCGAGGCUUCGUGGCCGACGUGGGCUGUGAGCUGCUCUACAGGAAUGAGGAGCAGGGGCCCAUGGAGGCCGUGUUCGUGUUCCCCGUGGACCCCGAGGCGGCCGUCUACGCCUUCGAGGCCCGUCUGGGGGGCACCUGCAUCCAGGCCCAGCUCCACGAGAAGAAACAGGCGCAGGAGCUGUACGGGGAUGCACUGGCUGGGGGGCAGAGCUCGUUCCUGCUGCAGCAGGAGGGGACUGGGGGUGACGUUUUCAGCUGCUCCCUGGGGAACUUGCCCCCUGGGGAGGAGGCGGCACUGACCCUCCGCUACGUCUGUGAGCUGCCGCUAGAGCCCGAUGGGGCCGCCCGCUACAUGCUGCCAGCCGUGCUGCACCCCCGCUACACGCCCCAUGGGUGGGACGGGGAGGACGUCACCCAGGGGGUCCCGCGAGUCCCCCAGGGGGAGCUGCCCUAUACCCUGAACCUGAGCGCCACGCUGCAGUCUCCUCACGGCAUCGACCGCGUGCUCUCCAACUGCUCCCUUACCCCCCUGAGCUACACGGCCGGGAACCGGACCACCGCCCAGGUGUCACUAGCUGAGGCCCCCCCGUGGGGCCGGGACGUGGAGCUGCUGGUGUUUUACGCGGAGCCGCACAAACCCACUGCUGUGCUGGAGGCUGGGCUGCCUGGAGUGGAGCCAGGCUCCCUGAUGGGCGACCCGGCCGUGAUGGUGACCCUGCUGCCCAGCCUGCCCGAGGCGGUGCCAGGCCAGAGCUCAGCCGGGGAGUUCAUCUUCCUGCUGGAUCGCUCCGCCAGCAUGGAGUGCCCCAUGGACGGCCAAGACCGCUCCACUCAGCGCAUCGACAGCGCCAAGGAGACCUUGGUCCUGCUGUUGAAAAGUUUGCCCCUAGGCUGUUAUUUCAACAUCUACGGCUUUGGGUCUGAGUUCGAGUCCUUCUACCCCUGUUCGUAUUCACGGACGGGGAGGUGUCGAACGCCCAGGACGUCAUUGCUGAGGUGCAGCGUCACCAGGGGGCCCACAGGUGCUUCUCCUUCGGCAUCGGGGAAGGGGCCUCCAAGGCUCUGGUCAAAGGCAUUGCCCGGGCAGCAGGGGGCAGCGCCGAGUUCAUCACGGGCCAGGACCGCAUGCAGCCCAAGGCGCUGCAGUCUCUGAAGCGAGCCCUGCAGCCGGCCGUGACUCAGAUCUCGUUGUGCUGGGAUCUGCCCCCCGGGAUGGAGGCGGUGCUGCUGGGCC